AUGGGUGGGAAUGAUAGCGGGUGCAAACAUCGGGAAGUGCACCUCACUGCUCAGCAUCUGGAUAUUGGUGUAAAAAGGGACCCGCAUGCUCAUGGGCCACCGCUGGGGCCAACGCACGCCGCUGGAGAAUGGGAGCUCGGUGGCGGGGUCACGCAGGGCACGCUGUGGGUGGCGGGGCUGCCAACACCGGCUGAGCUGGAUGCCGUCGUGCCCAAGCCGGUCCCGUCGCCGUUAAUCCGCCACGGCGUGGCCGAGGACGACAUUUCUGGGCCAGGUUCGGGCCCGACGGCAUGA